AUAUUGAACAUCAUGCAUGUAGAAAGCCUCGAAGGAAAAUAUAUCGCGACAAUUAAUAAAAUACGUGAUACCGCUCGAAAAUUAGAGACAAGUUUAAAAUAUUCGCGGGAUUUAGAAGCUGUCCGUUUUCUGCGGUAUUCUACCUUGAAAUCUCGCGAUAAAAUUUUAACGGAUGAUUUAAGGAAAGCUAAAAUACGAAACGAGCAGAUGUUAAAUUUAUUUCGACAAAGCGUUACGGAUGUUCAAAUUGGUUCUCUUGAUAUAUUGCCGGAAGCUUUAAAAAGACAAGUGCAGAGGACAUGGCACCAAAAAUAUGACACUUUGUUAUCGCAAAACGAGCGUUUGAAGAAGCAAAUUAACGCUAUGAAUUACAAAAUGAAAGAAAAACAGAAGGAGAUCGAUAUUUUGCAACAGAAAUUGUUCAACCUCGCAGGAAACAUCGUAAAUUCUGACAAAAAGACUGAAAAAAUCUGCAGAAAAUGUUGGAUUUUAACAAAUGAAACCUAAGUUAAAAUAUGCAUUAUGUGUGCGCGACUUCAAAUUCAAGAUUAUUGCAAAUCUGGAAAAAUUACUAAAAAUUAUUUAAAAAAUAAAAUUUUUUUGUGAAGUAAACUGACUAUUAUAAUAUGAUUAUUUGAACAAAAAUGUUUAAAUGUUAAAUGAAUGCGCGUUAUCAAUAUUAAAGAAAUAUAAUAAUGUUUGACUUAGGUAAGAUUACUGUAAGACAGCGAGUCAAUUUGUAGUUUGUCAGGAGAAUGACUUUUUAAAAAGGAUAAUAGUUUAACAGUUGAACCAUGAAUUAUUGAACUGUAUAUAUAAAUAUUAUAGUGAACGUGAGAAAUCGAAUAAAGCAAUAAUUUGAGCACUUAUCGAAACACGUUUUUAUUGGUCAACUCAUAAACUCGAACUCAGAACUAAUUA